AUGAGAUACUUUUCACACUUGGUGCGGCGCCUCGCAUCAACUACGACUGGCGAUUAUCCACCCCAUGCUUCAUGGGUUUGCACCUCUCCGCCGUCACAGCAUCCGCUUAAACCUCAACCCCGUCCGCCCACAUCCACUCGACGCCGACCUAACCACCACCGCCAUCUCCACGCCCUUGCCCUAAGAGCGGGCUUCUCGUCCACGAACCUCAACAAUAACUUGGUCUGGUGGUGUAGUUGGUUAUCACGUCAGUCUAACAGCUCGAGAGCCUCAUCUCUUUCGUCUGCCACACUGAAGGUCUCCGGUUCAAGUCCGGGCUAG